CUGUAUCCGUGCAGCCAGACGGGGAUAACCGUAGUCACCGGUCCAUCAGCAGCAGCGGAGAAGACAGGGCCAGAGGGGGACUGAGAAGGAUCGUUAGCAUCCCUGGAGAGUUAUACAUACGCAGUGAGAAGAUGACUCUGGCAGCCUACAAAGAGAAGGUUAAGGAGCUCCCCCUGGUGUCUCUGUUCUGCGCCUGCUUCAACCCACAGACUGCAGACAAACCUACAUACAAGGCAGAAGAUGCGGUGGACCUGGGCUGGUGCGUCAUCAAAGACGUGGAGGUAAUUGAGCUGAACAAGCGGACAUCUGGCCAGGCCUUCGAGGUCAUCCUCAAGCCCCCGUCCUUUGACGGGAUGCCAGAGCUCAACGGAUCCAUGCCGCAGCGCCGCGACCCGUCCCUGGAGGAGAUCCAGAAGAAGCUGGAGGCGGCCGAGGAGAGGCGAAAGUGCCAGGAGGCGGAGCUGCUGAAGCACCUGGCGGAGAAGAGGGAGCACGAGCGCGAGGUGAUCCAGAAGGCCUUUGAGGAGAACAACAACUUCAUCAAGAACGCCAAGGAGAAGCUUGAGCAAAAGAUGGAGGCCAACAAGGAGAACAGAGAGGCCCUGCUGGCCGCCAUGCUGGAGAGGCUGCAGGAGAAGGACAAACACGCGGAAGAAGUGAGGAAGAACAAGGAGAUGAAGGAGGAAGCCUGCCGGUAGAUGAAUGGAGAAGAACAGAAGAGAGAGAGAGAGAAGAGAGAGCGGGACUGGGAUUUUUAUGAUCGGUAUAAAAAAAUAACAAAAACCAAGGAAAUCAAAAUAGUGCAGGAAAGAUUUUUAAAAAGAACACAAAAGCAACUGAACAAAGGGGAACGGGGAGUUUUCACUUUUGAUGUGUGCUGUAACGAUUCUGAACAAGCUGUACAAAGUUUAGCCAACUCAAAAAUAAAUCUGUCUCUUUGUACUAAAGGAAAAGUGGGUGGGUGGGUGGGUGGGGCAUCAUAAUAAACAUUUACAAUUUGUAAAAGAGGGGCAACAAUGGUUGAUUGGUGAGGAACGAAAGCAUCGAGGCAAAAGAUGCACACAUUUAAAUCAUGGCUCUGAAUUCUGCAGCAGGGAAUAAUAACCGCCUGUUCACUGAUCUGUGUUUGAUGCUUUAUAUCAGGAGUCGUGACUGUUGUAGCACAGCCAAUCAUACAGAGUAGAGAGCUGUGAUCUAAACUGU